UUUAAAAAACAUCUUCAUUACGAAUAAAAAUUUCAAUAGAUACAAUUCACCUUAAUAUUUCUCUUAAAGGCUGCUGCUAUUUUAAAAUCAUUUAAAAAUACGAAAACAUUUGAACUAUGGUCCGUUUUAAGAACAGAUACAUAAUUGUCGAAAUUUCUUCACCUUUGAUACCAGAAGACAAACCUCUAUCUUUAAAAUCGAAAAUAUUUCAUGAAACUGUACUGGAGAAGAUACAACAAUUACAUGGAGAUUUUGGAUUAGCUGCUGUCAAAUCUGGUUUUCUAACAAAAUAUUGCAAUGAGAAUACUCGAAUAGCAAUCCUUAGAGCUAGACAUGGCCCUCACAAGUUUGUUUCAAGCAGUUUACCAUUCAUUACAAAAAUAGGUAAUCUGGAUGUCAGUCUACGGACUCUUCAUGUCGGGGCAACUUUGAAACAAGGCUUUAAUUUCAUCCUUAAGCACCAAAAAGCAUAUUUGGAUUCAAUGUGGUCUAAAUUAAAAACGGAUGAAGAACGAAAGAAUCUCGAAGCUGCUGUUAUGGAUUUUACUAAGACAGACGUCACAAUAAACAUUGAAAAUAUUUCUUAAUUACAUUUAUUAAAUAAAUCUAAUACAUUAUAAAAA